AUGGAAGCUUAUCGAUUUUAUAGCUAUGAAAUGAAACCUAGUUCACACUUCCGCGGAUUAAUAUGUGAUAAAUAUGGUUGUGGAUCAGAUAUAAUUAUUAGUUCCGACGGAUCUACAGUGUUUCAUGUUGGUUUACAAACUGUUAGGAUCAACUUUUUAAUGAGCACGGGAGUCCACAAACUUUGUAUUAAAGUCGAGAAUUUAAGAGAAGACGGUGUUGAGUGGUUUUGUCUUUGUGGCAAAUUUUUAGAUUAUUCAAUAUUUAUAGGAUUUCAGAAAAAUGGUUGGGCAAUAAGCUCUAAUGGUUCUUCAUAUCAUAAUAAUGUAUUUAAAAAAUCAAAUACGCCACGAUUCCGCUAUUUAGGUGCAGAAGUUAUUAUGUGUUUGAAUACCCGGACGUUUGACUUUUCUGUUGAUGGAAAAUGGUAUAAUGUGGAAUGGGAUGAUCUUCCAUCAGAGUUGUAUUUUGCUGCGUCACUAGGUAAAGGGGGGAAAUACACUAUAAAAUAUCGCGAACUUAUUUCAUGA